AUGGCGAUGAUGAUGACUGGCCGUGUGCUGCUGGUGUGUGCCCUCUGCGUGCUGUGGCGCGGUGCGGUUUUUGGACACGCGAUGGAGGAUUACUGCAGCGAGGGCGGAGGGAACGGUUUGAGGCACACGAGUAAUGGUGGAGAUGACGGCGUGUCUCUAAAGACGGAGUGCGUGUUGUUAUCCACUCGAAUGGCAUUAAUAAAGGCGGUUGAGGCUGCGGAAGCUGGAGAAGAUGAAUUGAGUGGUGCUCCAGCCCCAUCUCAGGAUAAGUCGAAGGUAUCAUCACCUGAUAAUACGGAAGACGGCGGAGCGACUGGUUUAGGUAGUGGCGUUGUCGCAGUUCAAGCAGCAGCAAUACAGCCGAAGCCCGAAGGAUCAGGUACAGGAGGACAGGAGGGUAAGUCGACAGUGGUGAAUACAAAAGGAAAAGAGGGAGAUAAUAAGAAUGGAACUGCAGCUGACUCCAAAAAACCAAAACCGGAUCAAUCUUCUUCUUCAUCUGGCGGCCCUGGUCCUCUGGUUGGUGAAGAACCUCUUUCGGAACAUUCCAAGACUAGUGAAUUCUCCGGUAUCCAGCUGAAAGAACAAGGAAAGGACCUUCGCAGUAAGCCUCACAGUCAUGAAGAGGUGGUGGAAGAAACAAGUGAAUCAGAACAAGAAGGAACAGGGGAAGGCAAAUACGAAAAAAUAAAUGAUAAGGCACCCGCAGUGAUACGUGAAAAUCCAUUGGAACAGAAAGAAAUGCAAACAGCAACAUCACCAACACAAGUGAAUGGACAGUCCGGCACUGAAGAUAACGUGCCCAUGCAACAGCUACAACAACCCCAAAGUGGAAUGAACCAAAGCAACAAUUCACAAACAAGGAGCGUUGCCCCCACUACAGCCAAUCAACACAAUGAUCCAUCUGCCGUCCAUAUGGAAACAAGGCCACCAUCACCCACGGCAAACAGAGAUGCCGCUAAUAUUGUUUCUGACAAGAGCACUGAAGACAGCAACCAGAAGAAUGAUUUAGCAGCUGAUGGUGCAGGGACAGCAGAAGAAAAACAAAAUGAAAAUAAAGAUGCCAAUCCGAAAGAAACACCAGUCGAAGCCACAGCCAUGAAAACUACAACGGCGACGACUGGCGACAGUGACGGCAGCACCGCGGUCUCCCACACCACCUCCCCUCUUUUGCUUCUUCUUCUUGUUGUUGCGUGUGCGGCUGCUGCUGCGGUGGUGGCCGCGUGA